AUGCUGUCCCUUGUGCUUACGGUAUUCUUCGUGCACGUCGCAAUUUAUCUGGUGAACACGAUCGGUGCAAGUACAGUCGACAGCCUUCUAUGGCUCCUUUACCUAAAUCUACCGACACCGACCUCUCGGACCGCACGCAAGCAGCAGCAGUUGAAGCGCCAAGUCCUCGAGCAGAAGCACGAAAUGAACAGCACAAGCUCCCAGGAUGAGUUUGCGAAGUGGGCGAAGGCCAGAAGACGACAUGACAAGACAAUGGAGGAAUACGAGGCGCUGAACAAGACACUCACCUCGCAAAAGUCCUCCUUCGACUGGACAGUCAAGAUCGCCCGCUGGCUCUGCACAAAUGGGUUGAAGAUCUUCUUGCAAUUCUGGUACUCCAAGACACCUGUAUUCCCACUCCCCGAGGCCUGGUUCCCCUACUACGUUGAAUGGAUUGUGUCCUUCCCUCGCGCCCCGCUAGGAUCCGUCAGCAUCCAGGUUUGGAGCAAUGUUUGUGCGACUGCCAUUGCGCUCACUGCUGAGGUUGUGGGAGCAUUCCUGGUGCAGGUGGUUGGUCAGAAGAAGGAACAUAAGCAGGCUGUGCCUGUUGGAGCUGAGGGCAAGGCACAGUGA